AUGACACAAUACUUUGCUGAUUUUAAGAGAAUGUAUGAGGAGUUGAAUGUUGUUCUCCCCAUUUCAGCCAAUGUUCAACAGAUGCAACUUCGGAGAGAACAACUGGCUGUAAUGGGAUUUCUAGGAGGUCUUGGAGCUGAAUAUGAAACUGUCAGGUCUCAAAUUCUUGGAGGAGAAACUGUUGCAUCACUCACGGAUACGUUUGCUCGGGUUCUUCGAGUAUCUCAUGAGUCCUCUCGGGAUUCCACAUCUGUGGUAGAUAAUUUAGCUCUUGUUUCACAGCCUACUUCUUCCACUGCUACUUUGGUACAGACGGGUAAUGCUACUGCUUGUGUUUCAGUUGCUUCUCGUCCUUGGAUCAUUGAUUUGGGGGCUACCGAUCAUAUGUCGGGUCUUUCAGGAUCUUGCUACGAAGAAGACGGUUGGUAAAGGACAUGAGGAAGGGGGACUGUAUGUGCUUGAAGACUCAACUUCAUUUGCAUGUUUUGGUGUUACUUCUCUACAUUAGAUCCAUUGUCGUCUUGGUCAUCCUUCUUUACACAGUCUUGAGAGAUUAGAUUCCAGUUUUAAGUCUAUUUCUAGUUUAGAGUGUGAGUCAUGCCAACUUGGCAAAUUACAUCGUGUUAGUUAUCCUCCUCGAGUCAUUAAACGAACAGAGUCUCCUUUUUUGCUAGUUCAUUCGGAUGUUUGGGGACCAUGUCGUGUGACUUCCAAUUUGGGUUUCAGAUAUUUUGUCACUUUUGUUGAUGACUAUUCCAAAGUUACUUGGUUAUAUCUAAUGAAAGAUCGUUCAGAGUUGUUUUCUA